AUGUUCCGACGAAAACCAAAUACACCGUCCCCGGAGGUCUCCCGCACAUCCUCGUCGUCCAACCUGGCGUCGCACAACUCGCACCACCCGCCACUCAAAAUUCUCGGACUCAAGUUCGUCAAUGCUCGUCUCCACUUCCUGCUGGCAGUGUCACGUGGACUCUCGGUGCUGCCGCCCUUUCUAGGUCUCUACAGGUGUCUGCUGGACGCGUGGAAACAUAGAAUGGGCGACGAGGACAGCGCCAUCUCGUCAACCCGGUCGUCAGAAAGUAUCAUGGCCGGUAUUUGGUGCAUUGUGGCAGGCUACCUGGCCUACGCUGUGCUCGACGGACUCAUGAUCCGCUGGAUCGUCACAUACUCCACCCCAGCAGCAAUUGUGCGGAUGCUCAGUGCAGCUACCCUCAACAUUGUCAUGGUGCAUGCGGUCCAUUCGCUCAUCUCGUCAGAACAAGCGUACCAGCUUCACAUUUGGAUUCUCAUUUCAUGCGUGCUCACGCUGGCGUACAUCAUCCAGAACUUUGUCACGUCCAACCUGGCGCUGGAAAAGAAGGCUCGUUCGGUCGAUCUCAUCCAGAUUGCAGUGUUUGCCGUGGUGCCUGUGGGAAUGGCAUCCUUUCUCACCAUGCUCGGACUCAUAAGAUGCCUCACGAUUGUCCAGUGGGACAUCGAGGCCGCGGGUAUUUGA